AGGAAAUGGAACCAGAAAAGACGCUCGGUCGAUCCGGAUGGGCUAGAGACAACUUGUUACAAUGCAAGCUAGGCAACCAACUGCGUUGUAACACGUCGCACAUUUUGUAUUUAUGUGAAACAGUGAAGGGUAUUAUACUAUUAUCCUCUGUUCUAGUUUACAGGUUUUACCUUUUGCAAAAAGAAGAUACGACUGACGAGAGGAACUCGGUGGAAGAAGAGAAGGGAAUGUCUCAGCUCAGAAUCGGUCGUUUCAGAUUUGUGUUUAAAGAGAAAUCGUCGGAGCUUAACAUGAAGCGAGAAUCAAUUUCCAUGGUGGUCAAUGGUGAUCUGGAAGCCAAACCAAGUAGCGUUAUUAAAUGGUUAGAACUAGAAUUUGCAGGAGGAAAGAGUUCGUUUUAUCCCUUUUGCCAACUUCUUCUGCAAAAAACUAAUGAACCUUUUAUUCCAGUUGAUGGUCUCAAACUGACCCAGGUGAUGCUUUCGAAAUGCAGAAUUUAAAUAAGAACCUCAAAGACGCUUUUGAAAUGCUUUCGGGUUAAGGUUGCUUUUGAGUUUUGAUAUUUAAUCUGCUGAAGGUGUGAAACUUUUUUUCUCGCCCACUGGUCGGGUGAUCUUUGCUGCGUGUGGAAGCUAUGUAAAACUUA